CGCUGGUUUGCGGGCGGACAUUGAUACGAAUCUGCUCGCUCACCUUCUGCUUUAUCACAGAUACAUACUUUUGCCGAUUACCUAGCGAUAGCCCCUCCUCCGCAAUUCACCAUCCCAAGACCAUUCCAAGGUUCUCAAUUUCGUACGCACCCUUUACAGCGUUACCACAGUCCCAGUCCCACCAGCUACAUCCACAUAAAUCGACCAGCCGCAGUCUUCGCAAUGCUCGCCCUUCGAUCGCCGUCGACAUAGUCCGGUUCAUUGGCUAUGCUCUAGCAGCUCACAGGUUGUCAUGGUCUUGCAAUUGCUAGCCUGUUAUCCGUCGACAGAUAGCGCAAGAACAACAGACUAGAGCCGCAACUCACCUCUCAGACCGCAGCAUGGAAUCCGAGAUCAAGCCAGAAGCAAUACCACCACAGAAAUCUCCUCCUCCAGAAGACUCGACGGAAAAUGCAGACACUUCAGCACAGAGUUCAUCGAAGGGAAAGAACAAGAAUCAAGACAAGGAUAGCAAUGCAGCCACAAAGAGACGAUGUGUAAGCACGGCUUGUAUAGCCUGCCGGAAGCGCAAAUCGAAAUGCGAUGGAAUGCUUCCAAAAUGCGCCGCCUGUGCCUCGGUAUAUUUGACGGAAUGUGAAUAUGCGCCUCACACAGACCACCGCCGGAAAGGCGUAUACAAGAAAGAUGUGGACAGUUCCAAGACCAAAAACUCCACGCUGCAGAUACUUAUACAGGCUAUUCUCAAUGCUGAGGAGGACGAUGUCAUGGACUUAGUCAGCCAGAUACGGACCUGCGACAGUCUGGAAGAACUGGCCACCAGCCUGGAAGCCCAAGAAAAAGGGUUGGUUGAAGAUGCUGGCGAUUCGUCCCUCAACAACGAGAACUUAAGGAUACCACAGUUCGAGGCCGAGCUUUCAGGUAGGAUGGGUGACCUGAUGUUGGACGGUUCUCUCAAAUUCAUUGGUGGCACGUCCAACUUGAUUUGGCUUCCCCAGGACUACGAACAGAAUGAUUCCGCCCACUCGCCUUCUCACGACCUCGCUCUAAGGCCAAAGGAGGAGGCAAUCCUAUCGUGGACCACAGUGACGCAGAACAAGGAUGAUAUCCUUCACUUUAUGAACAUGUACUUCUGUUGGCAUUAUGCCUUCUUCACCACAUUGGCCAAGGAGCUAUUCUACAGGGACUUCUUGACGGGGACAACGUCACAGUAUUGCUCUCCACUUCUGGUUAAUAUAAUGCUCGCUCUUGGCUGCCAUUUCUCCACUUGGCCUGCUGCGCGAAAGGAUCCAGAAGACUCAGGAACCACAGGUGAUCACUUCUUUGCUGAAGCAAAGAGACUUCUUUACGAGGAUGACGAAUUCGCCAAUGCGAAGCUGUGCACCGUACAGGCUUUGGCGUUGAUGUCCGUAAGGGAGGCCGGCUGUGGUCGCGAGAGUAAAGGUUGGGUGUUUAGUGGCAUGAGUUUCCGAAUGGCUUGUGACCUGGGCCUGAACGUCGAUGCGCAACCAAUCAACGAAUUCUCUCGCUUGACAGAUGAAGGUAGUGAUGCAAGACGCAUCACGUUCUGGGGAUGCUUUCUCUUCGACAAAUGCUGGUCAAAUUACCUCGGGCGGCAACCACAGCUACUGUUGAAUAAUAUUACCGUGAAGAAGCCGGACGUCUUCCCCUCUGAGGACAGCGAGAUGUGGUCGCCAUAUACCGAUUCCGGCAUUAUCGAGGCACAUGCUCAGCCCGCUCGGACAAGGGCAGUCGCCUUGCAAUUGUCCAAACUCGCCGAGAUCUCCAGUGACCUUUUGACCUCGUUCUACAACCCCGAACAGUUGCGAAAACCUCAUUCCAAACAAGCCGAGUUGAAGAGAUUGACCGAUUUACAUACCAGGCUGGAAGCUUGGAAGCAGGGCCUCCCGGCAGAAAUGGAGUCUCGUGAAGGGCAACUGCCGCAGGUCCUUCUCAUGCACAUGUUCUUCCAGCUACUGUACAUACAUUUAUAUCGACCAUUCCUCAAAUACACGCGCACAACCUCACCACUUCCCGCUCAUGUGUCUCCACGAAAAUACUGCACCCAGGCUGCUGGAUCAAUCUCCAAGCUGUUCCGGCUAUAUAAACGAACCCACGGACUACGACAAAUAUGCAACAUUGCAAUUUACAUUGUCCACUCAGCAUGUACAAUCCAUCUAUUGAACCUUCCGGACAAAAACGCUCGACGGGACAUCAUCCACGGCAUCAAACAUCUCGAAGAGAUGGGCGAAUGCUGGACAGCAGCUCGUCGAACACUGCGGGUUCUCCGGUUAUGCGCAGACAGAUGGAACAUCGAGAUGCCGGAGGAGGUUGAGAUGGUAUUCACUAGGGUCAAGAUGAAAUGGGGCCUUGCAGAGGGGUCGUCGCCGAUAUCGCCGCAGACAAUGGGCCAUCUAGCCAAGCAGAUCGUGUCGCAGCCCGUGCCUGACCUGAUGGCACGCAAUGUUCAGCAGCAGGCUAUGAUCCCACAGAUGUUUAGCGGUAUCUCAGCACCGAUGGCGCCGUCGCCAGCUGAGACCAUCGAUACGCGUCGAUCGUCUGGGAACUUGUCUAUGCCGCCACAAAACGCCGCGGAUCUGGUUCGCGAUUCGCAUAGAGUCCGUGCAUCGACGUAUCUGACCAAAGCGCAGCAGGAUGCGUGGAAUGCGCACCAGGCACGUUUGGCCAGCAGCGGGGCGGCGGGAGGUACGAGUCAGCCUAGUGCGCAGAAUCCCGCGAAAUUGUUUGGCGGCGUGGACAGCCUGAUCGAGGACACGCAGGAUUGGUUUUUCAGAGAUCAAAACCAACUUGCCAUGGGCUUUGGGAAUUGGGGCGAGCCGACGCAGGAUUGGGGCACAUUAGAUCUGAGUUUCUUUGACACAGAUGGCACGAAUUCAAGCAGGGUGAACACAGGUACGAAUGGGAGUAGUCCUGUGUAUGGGACGGGCGCAGGGAUGGGGUAUUAUGACACUGGCACCUCGGGGUCGAACGCCAAUGGUGGUGGAGGGCUGGGAGAUGGGUACGAGUACGGGCAGUAUCCUCCCACGAGUAACUACGGCGGUGUAAAUGUGGGUGCUGGCGCAAAUGGGAGUUUGAAUGGGCUGGGGAACGGAUUGAAUUCAGGGAUGAAAAUGGGCAUGUCGGGGAUGGAGAUGCCUGGAAUGGGCGGGAUGAGUUUGGGCGCAGGGAGCAUGAAUACGAAGAUGAAACUGAAAAGACCUGGCCAGGGGCAGAACAUACCCGGGUUUGACGAUGAAAUGUACUACUAACUAAUGAAGGACGGAUAUGAUGGCUGAUGAAAGAAAAGAUUCUGGGUCCAAUCACGCGGUCAGGAAAGAUGCGGGAAAUCAUUGGAGGUCGAGGGCGUCUUGUUUACCUGGUGUGUACCCAGCUUCAUAUAGGCAUCAUUAAAACCUGGCAGGAUGGUUUGGAAAAGGGUUUCCCUGCCAACGAGGGCUGGCGAGGAUUGGUCAUGAAUCGAUAUUCACACUCUGAUGGUAUCCUACCUACCUAGGUAGGAAAAGAGGGAAAUAGAACUGCUUGCGCGAGGGUGGUCACCAUCAAAACAAGACCGAGAAAGACUGGGAAGAGUUGAUCCGAGUCGUGUCGAGUCGAGUCGCUUCACCCUUAGUAAGCGAGGGCAAGGGAAGAGAAGGAACAAGCUUGCGAAACUGGAUCAUCGACAUCGGGACGUCUAUGGCGAGAUGACUGACGCCGGGCGAACGAACGCCAAAGGCCGUUCCUUGCCGUCUUUGGGAGAGAAUGUGCACGGAUAGUCGGCCUCUCGAGGCUCAUGAUGGCUUUGCAUGGAGUUGGCAGCAUGACUGAUGACACAAGUAUUCAGGACGGAGUUCAUGAGGGAUUCCAAGAGACGUGCAUUCAAUAUGCCACAAUGGUUUCCGUCUGAAAAAUCAUCGAGAUGAAAUGGCAUCACUUCUCCAUUGUAUGAGGACAAAAGGAUGGGCCCCCACGGUAUCUCGUACCCUGACUCCGCGCGAGGCUCUGGAUAUGACGACGUGUCGCCGCGGAUGCGGGCCGGGCAGGUUUCCUCGAUACUCGUACUCGAGGAGGGAUUAAAUUCCGAAGAGUGCUAUCCAGGGCUUUUACUCGUAUCAGGGCUCCGAAUGCCCAUUGACGGUAUGGAGUCCUUUAGGAACUGUCAUUCUCGGUACUCGGUACGAAGGGGUUGUUGAGCCUCCGUGGGCUCCAUAUGGUACGAGCCAAUGGUUCAACGACGGAAACCUCGAUCUCACAUUACGGACCGAAUGGCUUACCUAGGUGGUUACAGUAGUCCAGGACAUGAUGGGACCAUUUGAUCGAGGCCCCCGAGGUGGUUCCCUCGAUCCGGGACAUGUUCCGCGGGAAGAGGCAAAUACCGAAUACAACCCGAACUACUCGUAGAAGGUCUAGACAGAAAUUACCUAG